GUAAACCAGCAACUGUAGUUUUUUGUGUCGCCACACGGUCCUUGUCCGAUGGGUGCACCGAAACCGUGCGCGUGACCUCACAACCCCGUCUCGCGGUUCUCCUUUAAACCGCCGCGAUCGUUGGCAACCGGUGCACGUGCACGAGCGCCGCCGCCACCACCUGAUUGGCUCCUCGGCCGGCGGGGAAUGAGUCUGCGCGGGGCUCACUGGGGGAGCAGGUUCUCAGGGAAGAGACGGGAACCAAAAAUGGCGGAACAAAGCGCGGCCAAGAACAUGAUCCUGGGCUUUAGGAUAUCUGAGCUUCAAGCACUUCUAAGGUUUGCAGGACGUAACAAAAGUGGGCUGAAACAUGAAUUGGUAUCACGGGCAUUACAGCUCUUAAGGACUAGCUGCUCAGCAGAGAUUUUAAAGAAGAUCCAAGAUUUACAUGCUCAGCGGAACGGUUUAACGCCAACAAAUGCACAGAGUCAACAGCUUCUAUCUGCACCAACGUUUCCUUUGCAUUCUUCAGAAGCAGCCCUAAAUGCAAGAACAUCAGUUCCAAUUUGCCACACAGGAAAAGAUGAUACAAAAUCUAAAGUGAGAUUAACAAAAUUGCCUUUCUACGAAAUAUUAGAUGAUCUCAUGAAACCUACAGAUCUAGUCCCAACUAGCAGUGAGAGAAUUCAGGAGAAUCAGUUCAGUUUUACAUUAACUGAGAAGCAGAGAGAACAGAUUAUUGCUGGGUGCUCUAAGAAUGGUGUGCAGUCAGUGCAACUUCAGUUAAGGAUAUGUCACACAGAUACAGAAUUUAUGCAGGAAGACCAGUAUCCUCCCUAUCUGUCAGUAAAAGUAAACUCAAGAGUGUGUCCUUUCACGAGUUACUUUUCAUCAAAUAAGCCUGGAGUAGAACCAAAAAGACCAUGUCGGCCCAUUGAUGUUACACCUCUUCUCAAUUUGACAUCUCGUGGAGCUAACUACUUAAAUGUGUUUUGGGGCCAUUUUACUACGCGAUAUUCUAUGGUAUUACACCUUGUAAGGCAGCACAGAGUAGCAGAAUUACUGCACAAACUUCAAGCAAAUGAGACUAGAGCCUCUGAAAUUUCCAGGGAAUUAAUUCGCAAAAAGCUUCGAUUGGAACCUGAUAAUGAUGUGACCACAACUGGCCUUCGUGUCUCUCUUAUGUGUAGCCUUGGCAAGAUACGCCUUUCGGUGCCCUGCCGUGGUAUUACCUGCACACAUUUGCAGUGUUUUGAUGCAGCCCUUUAUAUUCAGAUGAAUGAAAAAAAACCCACUUGGAUGUGUCCUGUGUGUGACAAGCCAGCUCCUUAUGAACUGUUAUUUGUAGAUCAGCUGUUUUUAGAUAUAUUGAAAGAGUGUGAAGAUGCUACCGAGGUUCAGUUUAAGGAUGAUGGUAGCUGGUCUCCAAUAAAGCCAGAUAAGCAGCCACAGAAGAAUUUUGGACACAAAUAUUCAAUAGUGGAAUUAGAAGACUCCAAUAAUCAGUUUGGUAAUCCUGCGAAUGGCAAGAGUGACAUGGACGUUAUUGACCUGACUGUAGACUGUUAAUGGGGAGGAUUGGCUUUCCAAAAACAAAUGUUGCUGUGGAUGUUGGAGAGAGUGCACCAAGCGUGCAGGACACAUUGUGGAAAUAUCCAUCGAAAGAAGUCUACCUCUCGCAUUGUAGGCAUUAAUUCCUCUUGGCUCUCCAGCCACGUCUACCUCUUGAAAGGAUUGGCACAGUAAAAGAAGACAGAUAAUCUGUUUGGAGAAAUGCUGCUCUUCAAGAGUGCAUUCUUAUCGAUGUGAAGAAACAAUGGAUUAGUUUUAAACUGUGUGGAGAAGUAAGGACAACACAUCGUAGUAGAGUUGUUUUUAAACUCUGCUCAUGACUCCUGAAUGGGUAUAGAUACCUAACCACAUCCUUGUUCUUGGAGUGCAGCGUAUAGAAACAAAUCAAAGCAAGUAAAAAUUGUAAAAUAAAACUGGCCUCUUGUUUAUUGCUUUUACUUUUUGAUUUCUAAGCGAGCGCCCAUUGUCAAGCAAGUCAGAGUUUAUACGCUGAUUUUAGGAGUAAAACAUCUUGGAGUUCUUCAUCUUACUGUUUGAUUCAAAACACCUAGCAAGUAUAUUGUUAGUACUGCUUGAAGCUGAAGUACCUGUAGGCAAACAGUGUUAAUCACAAUUCUCUUUUAUGUGAAUAAGUUUAAGGAGGUGGCUUGGAUAAGUAGAUUGGCUGAGUUGUAGAAUAACACACUAAGAAAUAUGGUAGGUCUCCAGUAAAAUAUGAAAUAGCUAUAAGCCCCGUUCUCAAGGUGGGAAAAUUCUCGAGAGAGAGUAAUGUUUUGCAUUUGUACAUCUCCAAGCAGUUAAGAAAAUGGAAGGACUGGAAUAUGGCUGCUUCCUCUAUUGCUAAUGCUAGAAAGAUAGUAAUAUAAAAAUAAAUGCUACAAAGAAUAUCCAAAUUCAAAGAUUGGCUGUUCAAUCCAUUUAACUUUUCCUGAUUGAGGUGCCAACACAGAUGUUCUAUGAGCUUGUCCCAUGUACGUGACUUUGUCGGCGACUGCCGGCACCCGUCAUAGGGCGUUGCGGGUCGCCGAAAAUUUUCACCGUGUUGUAAAUUCAGCAGUGACCAGAACAAGAUACGACUCUUCGGGCGACUACUCACGACGAUACAGGCUUCACCCCACGACAUGUCGCCAGGGUGUCACCUGCAUGGUCGUGAGUAGUCUUCUCGGUCGCCCAAAGAGUCGUACCUUGUUCUGGUCGCUGUUGAAUUUUCAACAUGUUGAAAAUUUUCGGCGACCUGCAACGACCUAUGACGGGUGCCGGCAGUCGCCAAAAAAGUCGCGUAAGUGGGAAAGACCCUUAAUUGUUUUGUUUUUUCCAGAGUGGUAUUCCUUAGCAACUAUACUGUGCCCUGAUUUAUUUUGUUUUCCUAUCUUCUGUCUUUCUUAUUUUUUUUAGACCUGUGGUCACACACGCCCCCCCAUUACCACCUGUCGAGUUAAGUGUCUCAACAUUUAGAAUUUACCAGUGCAUUUCCUUUACCCUACCACCAUGAAUCAUUAUAUAGUUAAAUGGGAAAACAACCCAUUUCUUCUUUUCUCCCUUGGACAGGGAAAAUUCCUGAUUUUUGGAAUCCAAAUAUACAUUCUAAUCCAAGAUUGGCUUGAACCUAAUAGAGCGUGGUACUAGCUACUGAUGUACCAAUGGUUUAUGGUUAUUAUUCCUUUACAUUAAUAUGAAUUUAUUGCUGUAUAAAGUUGUACAUAUUACAUAGUUUAUUUAGUUUAUUUUUAAUGCUUAAGUUAGUCAUUAUGUUACAAUUCAGGUUUCCAACUUACCAAAAUCAGAUGUAUUUGAGCACUAGUCGAUCUUGAGGAUCUUUGAUGUUUCAGGCGCAUCACUGAUUCCAAUAGUUUGCAAUUACUGUGAUGUGAAAUGGUUGAACAUUUUUAACAAUUAAUAAAUUUCCCUAACUGCUGAAAAAUGAUCCUGGCAAAUUUAGAUUUACUGCAUAAAGAUUUAAGAUAAAUUAUAUACAUUCAAAUUAUUUUUUGCUUGUCCCAGAUUCUACAUAUGACACUUUUUCUGGUGGAAGCAUAAAUCACUUUAGAUGCGUUUUUUACUUUCACAGAAAAAGGUUUCAUGUCAUCUGAUUAUUAAAAUGACAAUAUUGAUGAGCAAAUUUAGUUUGCAAUAACCAUGGUAUUGUACCAUGAUUUCCAUGUGAUAUCAGUGUCUCUGCUAUGGUCUCUGACAUUAAAUUAAAGAUUUGCAUCACUAACA